UGAAGGCUCCCGCACCUCGAGGAGUGAUAAUUGUGUGUUAUUUAUGCAAUUAUCAGUUUGAAGCCACGACGAACUAAAAUUUGAAUGUUAUAAUAACUUUGGGUGACAUUUUGAGUUAUUUUUUUCUUAAUUUGCAUCAGAUAUACCUAUAUAUGCUCGUUUUUCCUGUCUUAGUUAUAAACGUAUUGCUGAGUUCCCUUUGAUAUCAAAUGUUGGAGUAACUUGCGACUUAUAUAUUUAAUAUACAUUGCCAGUGUUUGUUGUUAAGUGUUGUGGAUUGUUGUGUGUUGUGAAUUGGAUUAGUUGUGUACGCUGUGAAAAAUGACCCGGCGACAUCUGCUGGCAGCGGAGACGUUGUUCUUUCUCGUUCAGUUCUUGGAGGACUCGAAGUUUCAGGUUCGAGCCAGGAAUUACAUCAAGCACGAUGACGACAUCGAGAUCGGAAAAGAGUAUGAAGUUCGGUGGGGAAAUGCCAAGCAACUAUCGCGGGCCACUGUUAAAGGAAAGGGGCGAAAGCCAGAAAUGGAGAAGCUUUUGGAGCAGCUGGUCGAGGCGGCCCUGACAACCCCGACAGCACCGACAGCCGCGACGGCCCCGACAGCCCCGACAAAAAAGGGGAAGGCUAGGAAUACGGAGUCACAUACGAAAAUAACAAAGAAAAGGGCAGCUAUCAUAUCGGUAGGGUCACCCCCAAGGGACCAGCCAGCAAUCGGAUCAGACGCCCCAACAACAACACGACAACUAGAAGCCACCGCCACCAUCGGACCAGACGCGACAACACCGGGACUACGAGACGCAAACGCCACCAUCGGACCAGACGCGACAACACCGGGACUACGAGACGCAAACGCCACCAUUGGAACAGACGCCACAACACCGGGACUACGAGACGCAAACGCCACCACCGGAACAGACGCCACAACACCGGGACUACGAGACGCAAACGCCACCACCGGAACAGACGCCACAACAACAGAACGGAAUUCAGAACACAGAAGUCUUCUGAUUACUCCAGUUAGGAGGGUUUCUACACCGGCGGAGACAGUUGAAAGAAACAACUUUAUACAGGUCUUCACCUAUCUCAACCGGAUGGAGGAGCUGAUGAGAAACCAAGUAAGGGCGCUAGGAUCCCUUGAACGCUCAAUAGUGACCGUUGGUAAGCGCCUAACUGCUGUGGAGAGUCGCUUGGAGCGCCUGGAGGUGUCCAUCAGCCAGAAGAGCCAGCAGCAGCGUGAGCCGCUGGCUCCCAUCAUCAACGAGGAUAAUCCCCAAGAACCGACUGGCGGCGACCUUGUUGAUAAGGUUAUUGUGGCAGCCAUACACAGGGAGGCCCACAACGAGGCCCACUUUGCCUGCCUCCUCAUGCCCCACGUGUUCCCUGAGCUAUUUGGACCAGAUAAGCUCCGCCAUCUGUAUAAUUGGCAUGGGGUGUCAGGGAAACAGCCAUUAGAAGGUUCAAGGCGCCAGUACGUCGAACAAAUGACAAAGUUCUUCUACAAAGAGGCUCGCUCUGCAACUGUAUGGACAGCCGUUGUUGGAAGAAUAAAUGAACGUCUGCGACGGAAAGAAAAACGGACACGUGGUGAGGUCCAGAUCACCAUAAGUAAUGAGAACAUUGCUGAUUAUCAUCAGUUUUAGUUUUGUAAGUGUGUGUGUAUGUGUGUGACUGUGUACGUGUGUGUGUACGUGUACGGUGGGUUCGUGUGUUUGCGUGUGUGUGUGUGUGUGUGCGUGUGUGUGGUCUCAUGUUUGUUUGUAAAUAUGAUAGAAACAUUGCAGCUGUUAUGUAAAUAUAUGUAAAUAUGUCUGGUGUAUUGUUCUAAAAAAAGAUUAAUAUUUUCGUGUAAUAAAUCCACUUUUUACGUAGAUCUAUCUACUUCUGUUGUUUUGUAAUAUCGAUGUCCUUCAACGCAAGUACAGGGAGACGCACACUGACCUUAAAUUUUGUUGCGAGCUGAAAAUGAAAGAAAAACACAGAUAAAUUAAUACGUAAGAAAAUUAGGCUUGCAAGAAAACUAUGGAGUCAAGCGUUACAAUUGGGAAUUCAUGAUUGAGAACUUGAAAUA